GCCUACGCGGUGCAAGUACAUAGGGAUGUGUGGAUUGUCCGUCUACCUGCGCACAUAUUCCAAAUCCCAUCAGCAUAUCUGUCCAUGCUAACUGCAAGUCAACUGUCCACGACGGACGACGUCUUGCUUGCCUGCCCGGCAUGCCUAGUAACUAACUCGCUGAUUGCGAUCUUCGCACUGCUUCCUCGCCUGCGCUUGCGGUGCUGUCCGCCUGUCAUCUCGCUCGGCUUCGUUGUGGCAGCAUCCUACUCUUCCCUCUCUCUUCUCUGUCUCUCUCCCGCCCCGGCUCGGAAACGUGCGUUUCAGUGUGACCGACCUUGCCAUCCGGGAAAAAAGAGCGGUCGUGUCGCACUGUUAUGAGAGGACGGCAAGUCAUCUAUAGGCAUAUGCCUACAGUGUAUGCGUAGGCAGACGAGUUACACGCGUGUAGCCGUCGAGGACCGCCACGGCGAUGCCAACAACGAAGAGGCAA